AUGACAUGUGAAUAUCUCAGCAUUCAGCCUUCAAGUGUUGCUAGUGAAAGGACAAUUUCAAGAGCAGGCUUUAUGAUUACUUAUAAUAGAGCAAAUCUUAGUGAAAAUACUCUUCUAGAAAGUCAAAAUGAACUUGGUUCUCUUUAUGCUCUUCCAGGAACAAAAUAA